AUGCUUCCAGAAGCGAGAGGGGUCACCUAUAUAGUUUGCAGAGCAAAGAUACAUUUGGAUGAGCGCACUGAUAAGCAACUCCUCCCGACUAAAGUGAUACGCCUUCCCAGUUGGGAAUGGCCGGUGGUGGCGGCAGGUGACCCAACCAAUCGCUGGCCUGAGGUUUACCGUCGGCUGCUUGGACCUUCCUCUCUUCCUUCAUCCUUCUUCAUCCUGAUAGUCAGGAGGACUCCAGUUGUCAAGCAAUUACCUAGUAAUGUUGAAGAGACUGGGGCUGAACGAACCAAUGAUGCAGAAAAAUCCCUGGCCCAUACCAGAUUCGAGCACAGUCUCGGGUUCUGGAAGGCGUGCCAGUUCUACCGUCCAGCCCUGCUAUGGUCAUGUUUCGUCAAUCUAGCAGUCAUUCUGUGUGGCUUUGAUGGCGCCUUGAUUGGAAGUCUAGUGGGGCUGACCCCGUUUGUUCGCACAUAUGGCAGAUUGGUGGACGGGCAAUAUGCGGUUGCUCCCUCCUGGCUGUCUGCCUUCAACUAUGCAUCAUACGUGGGCAGUGUGCCUGGCUCGCUGGUGGCAGGCAUUGCCUACGACAAAUACGGCCCGCGCAUGACCCUCGCUGCAGCUUCAAUCGGCUCGAUCGGGUCCAUCUUCUUUCAAUUUUUCAGCGAAGGCCCAGCUCUUCUCUUCGUUGGCGAGCUGCUUAACGGAUUUAUUACAGGUGUCUACCCUGUCCUCGCCAAUGCCUAUGUUAGUGAAGUUGCUCCUGUUGCUGCUCGCGGUGUCCUCGCUGCCGUCAUAAACCUGUCCUAUGUCAUUGGUCAACUUGUGGCAUCGGGACUACUCAAGGGGACCAGCACGAUGGAUAGCAACUGGGCUUAUAAGAUCCCGUUCGCCUCACAAUGGGCUCUGCCUGUCUUCAUCAUUUCGCUCAUAUACUUCUGUCCAACUCCUCCUUACUGGCUCUGCAAGAAGGCUCGACCUGAGCAAGCGCGGAAAUCUAUCCAGCGUUUGACGACAUCUGAAGUUGAUGCGGACGCAUACCUCGCUCAUAUCCAAGAGACUCUCCGCUUAGAAGAGAGCUCCAGGGCCAAGGCCAGCAUUCUUGACUGCUUUCGCGGUACAAAUCUACGGCGCACUAUUAUUUCCUGUCAGGCUUUCAAUAUUCAAGCCCUCUGUGGUAAUAUCCUGUUCAUCAACUAUGCGGUUUACUUCUUUGAGACUGCUGGUCUAAAUACGUCGGACGCUUUCUCAAUGAAUGUGGGCCUGACAUGCAUGGGCUUCGUUGGGACACUGGCCUCCUACAUUCUCAUCUCAUACGCCGGUCGGCGCACCAUCUACCUGUGGGGCUCUACCGUGAUUGCCUUGCUCCUACUUCUUGUCGGGAUUCUGGCUGUCGUGCCCCAACACAAUUCAGGGCCUGCGUGGGCUAUGUCCGCCCUUAUGGUGAUAUGCAACCUCGUCUACGACAUGUCCGUGGGACCACUGUGCUUCACCGUCAUGUCCGAGGUGUCUGCCGUUAAUCUGAGAGGUGUCACUAUAGCCCUGUCCAACGUCACUGUGGUGAUAUGGUCUGUAAUAUUUGCUGUCGCCAUUCCCUAUGCAAUGGACACUACUGGUGCCAACUGGGGCGGCAAGUUGGGAUUCCUAUUCGCUGGCAUCGGUGUUUUGGAUACACUCUGGUGCUACUUCUUCCUGCCGGAGACUAAAGGUCGAACAUUUGAGGAGCUGGAUUUCAUGUUCCAGCAGAAGCUACCCACGCGUCAAUUUAGCAAGUACCAGUUUACAGAGACACAGCAAGUAGCACGAGAGGCAUAG